AUGUCGGAGAUCAAAUUGCAUAAAGGAGAGAUUAAAAAUGUCAAUGAGCUAAUGAGAGGGUCUGAGGGAGGAAGCCUCAGUCCAUUUAUCAAGCAGUAUGAGGGGCUGUCUUACAGCAGAAAUGCGGUCCACCAGCAGCAUCAACGAGUGAGAAGAUCCGUCUGCAAGGAGGACGCCCUCAUUCACUUGCAAUUCUCCACUCGGCAAAGGCAGUUUUGGCUUCGACUGAAAAGGGAUUCUAGCAUGUUCACUGAAGAUUUUAUAAUGAAAGGCAAAAAUCUCCCAGGAAAUGGUGACUUAUCGCAUAUCUAUUCUGGGGAACUCCAAGAUGAGGCUGCAUCCUAUUGCCAUGGGUCAAUAAUUGACGGACGAUUCGAAGGAUUUAUUCAAACGCAGACGGGCAGAUAUUAUGUGGAACCCAUUGAACGGUACAGCAAGGGAGAGGACUUUGCCUUUCACUCGCUCAUUUACCACCAGGACGACAUCGUUUACACCAAUCUGACCGGUCAGAGAGAGUGGUGCCUGAAUGAGUCAGCAUUUGGUGCGCCACAUCAGUAUCAACACGGCUUCCAAGAAGAGAAUCAGAAAGCAGUGAGCACGAGAGCGAAGCGAGAGGUUGACUACUCACGGACCACGUGUUUGUUGCACCUACACGCGGACUACCAGUACUUCAGGCGAAUGGGAAGCACAGAGGCCGUCACUGCGCAGAUCGCAAACUACCUGAAGGCGGUGAAUGAUAUCUAUCAGUUUGUUGACUUUGAGGGUAUUCGCUUCAUCAACUUUAGAGUUAAAGCUCUGACUAUCGACUCUGAGGAAGAUAACUUGAACCCAAUGCACGCCCGCUUCAUUGGCGUGGAGAAGCUGCUGAUUUUACACUCGGAGCACAACUGGAACGAGUACUGCCUGUCAUACCUACUGACAGCCCGAGACUUCGGGAAGACGUUAGGAAUCGCGUGGGUAGGGUCCCCUGGGAAUUACGGUGGGAUUUGUUCCCGAUACGGACCCAGUGACAAAAGCGCAUUUGAGGUUACGCUGAACACAGGCCUGAUCACGCUGCAGAGAUUCGCAUACUAUCUCCCUCUGCGGCUAGUUCACAUUGUCCUGGCUCACGAAUUGGGCCACAGUCUGGGAUCACUGCACGACCUGGGCGAGGAGUGCAUCCCACCGGAAUCGUCGAGCCUCCAAGGGAAAGGUGGUAACUUCCUGAUGUUCCCUCAUGCGUCUGAUGGCCGGCAAUACAACAACAACAGGUUCUCUCCCUGCAGCAUCCGGAGCAUCAGCAAACUCCUGAAGGCAAAGAAAGACGAGUGCUUCUCGGAAAACGACAGCCCGAUCUGCGGGAACCGGAUCGUCGAGGAGGGGGAACAGUGCGACGUCGGGGAGAAUAGAGAUGACCCGUGUUGUUUCGGCGCUGGCCACAUGCAGGGGGCUUCCUGUCGACUGAAGCCAGGGAAGCGAUGCAGUCCGACCCAGGGUCCCUGUUGCAGCCACGAGUGCGUCCUGAAGGCUCGCCACCGACAGUGCAGAAAGGAGACCGAGUGUGCUUCCGACAGUUACUGUGACGGAGUGUCAGCCACGUGCCCGGACUCUCCUCCCAAAGCCAACCACACCCCGUGUCUAAAGGGAAAACGCCUGUGUCUGGACGGGCAAUGUUCCGAGUCGCUGUGUGUAAAGCAUGGGCUGGAGGAAUGCAACUGUGGGACUGUGUUCAUGCAGGAGAAAUGCUAUCUUUGCUGCAGCACACCAGGAGAUCCUGGCACGUGUGCCAGCACUUCAUCUGUCCUGUUGGCUGAGUACUUCAACAGGAGCUUGCUGACGCUGCCGCCUGGCGCCCCCUGCAGGAACAAGCAGGGUUACUGUGACGUGUUCAGUGUCUGCCGGCUUGUGGACGACGAUGGGCCCAUCGCCAAACUGAAGAACGCCAUCUUCGACCCUGAGGACUUUGAGGGUGUAGCGGAGUGGAUGAAGACUCAUUGGUGGGCCAUUCUCUUAGCCAUCCUGACCCUGGGCGGCAUGAUGGCCAGCACAGUGUUUAUACUCGGGAGGACACUGGAUAGUAAGCAAGGGGAGCAGGGGAUGGAGCUGCAAGUUUGGGAAUGACAAGCAGCUCUUGGUGACCUAUGAGACAUUCCAGAGUCCAACUGAACAGAAGCAGAUGGAUGGAGGCUACAGGCUCUUAAACACCGACGUGCCCAGCCGGCAUUGUCAAGCGCCUUGAGACGUGCUC